AACAGCAGAUUUGUUGGGAUUUGGUAUUAAGGUUUUGUGUGUGUGUGUGUGUGUGUGUAAGACAUCAGUCGUGUGUGUGUCGCACCAUGGAGCGAGCCACAAUCAGAUUAACUCUCUUGAGCUUCUUGCUUAUCUGUGUCAUUUCUGCCCCAACCAAGAAGUCGCGAGAUCUUGACAUCUACAGCUUCCACAUCAAUUCUACAGUAAUCAGCCGCUACGCCAUCACCAUCAUCACAAGCCGUGUGGCGAACCGGGUCAAUGAGUCCAGAGAGGUUCACUUCCAGGUCAAGAUCCCCAAGAACGCUUUCAUCAGCAAAUUCAGGAUGACCAUAGAAGGAAAGACGUAUGAUGGAGUUGUGAAGCAGAAAGAAGAGGCGCAGCAGCAGUACAGUGAGGCAGUAUCCCGAGGAGAAAGUGCCGGGCUUGUCGGCUCAGUAGGAAGGACUCUGGAGGAGUUUAAAACCUCAGUGACAGUGGCGGCUCUCAGUAAGGUGACCUUUGAACUCACCUACGAGGAGCUGCUAAAGCGACGACUUGGCAAAUACGAGUUACAAAUCAAUGCCCAACCAAUGCAGCCUGUGGCAGAUUUCAAGAUUGAUGUCUACAUUAAUGAGCAUCCAGGUAUUUCCUUCCUGGAGGUAAAUGGAGGUUUGAAAUCUCAAGAGCUGUCCAGUGCUGUAAUCAGUACUCUGGCCUCGUCUACCAAAGAGGCAUGGGUGAACUUUUACCCCACUCGCGAGCAGCAAAUAAAGUGUGAAGGUUGUGGAGAAAAUGGACUAAACGGAGACCUGCUCAUAGAGUAUGAUGUGAAGAGAUCAAACCAAAAUGGAGAACUGCAGGCAUCAAAUGGUUAUUUCGUCCACUACUUUGCACCCACAGAUAUUCAGCAAAUCCCCAAAAAUGUUGUUUUUAUUAUCGACCGAAGUGGCUCUAUGCAUGGCAGGAAAAUUGAUCAGACUCGUACAGCGAUGUUGAAGAUUUUGGGAGAUCUUGCUGAGGAUGACUACUUUGGCCUGAUAAUCUUUGACUCUGAGGUAGAUGUCUGGAAAGCUGAACUCCUGCAAGCCACAGAGAGGAACGUGAAGCAGGCAAAGAACUUUGUGAAGAAUAUUAAUGAUCGAGGAGCCACAGACAUCAAUGCUGCCGUGCUGAAGGGGGUGGAUAUGAUCAAGAGAUACCCCCGAGAGGGCUCUGCCUCCAUCCUCAUCCUGCUCACUGAUGGACAGCCCACUACAGGUGAAACAAAAACAGACAGAAUUCAGGCCAACAUCAAAAAGGUCAUUGGUGGUAAAUUUCCAUUUUACUGCCUGGGGUUUGGAUUUGAUGUAAGCUUUGAUUUCCUGGAGAAAAUGGCUCUGGAAAAUAAUGGAGUUGCUCGCAGGAUCUAUGAGGACUCAGAUGCUGACCUCCAGCUGGAGGGUUUCUAUAAGGAAGUGGCAACUCCGCUCUUAACUGAUGUCCAACUGAACUACAUCGGAGCAGCAAAUCUCACCCAGACCAGUUUCAGGCAGUAUUAUAACGGCUCAGAGAUCGUGGUAGCUGGGCAAAUCACAGACAACAGCCUGGAGACUUUCCAAACUGAGGUCAUCGCAAUCUCAAAAAACACAAACGUAACAUACCAGGACUCCGUGUCGACAAAAGACGUCAUUGAUGUUUUACCACAACAUGAAAACUUUAUCCAGAGGCUGUGGGCUUAUCUUACAGUGAAACAGCUCCUGGAGAAAGAAGUGGCACUCAAAGGAGAGGAGAAAGAAGCAGCCAGAAAAAAAGCUCUGGAUCUCUCUCUGAAGUAUGAAUUUGUGACUCCACUCACCUCCAUGGUGGUCACUAAGCCACAGGAAGAGGAGACACAGGUUGCUCAUAAACCCAAAGAAGGGAUGAGACCACCCAAACGUCAUCAUAGUAUGAGACGCAAACAUAAACCAUCUUCAUGUUGUGCCAAACUGCGUCUACAAGAUUAUUCAAUUUCAAUACAUUCGCUGGAUACUAGUAAAGAAUCCGUUCCCUUACUGAUUGGGCUUCGACGACCACGACCCAACACAAGAUCCACCAGCAAACCUAAACUAGCUCCCACUUCUCCCCCUUCAGUGAGGGACGUGAGGUUCUUAAUCUCCGCACAGCCAAAACCGAUCUGUUAUGACGCACCUGUAGGCCACAAACUCCUCCUUCUUUUGGACAACUCAUCAGACUUCUCUAUGAAUGGACAACUCUCAGAAAAAGGCUUCAAGCUAAUUUCUCUCCAUUAUAAAACGGAAAAGCUUCUCAUUAGCUGUGAUGAAAGUGUCUACUAUAAUGGAGAGAACAGUGUGAAGUUUGUAUGGGGGCAGCCGGAGCCCAGCAGGCACGAGUCAGACGGCAUGUCAAUUUUUCUAAGGAACAAUGAAUUAGACGUCACAAUGGGAACUGUGCGUAUUGUUUUCUUCCUUCAUAAGAAAGCUGGGGAUGUUUUUCUGUGGCCUGUUGUUCAUCAACAACCAAAAAAUGCUAACAUCCAAGGCAUUCUGGGAAAAACUGAUCUUCAGUAUGAAGAAUUACCAGGCUCAAAGCUCAAAAUUAAGGAUCUGGAAGUUGAGGCGUCCCGGAGCUCUGCCACUGACUACAGAUUUCCUGCAGCCCCUAGUGUGGAAUGCUGGCUUGUACCAUUCCAGUCUGCUCUGCAGGGGGAGCUUUCUGACUUCACUGUCUCUCAGCUGUAGAACUGUGUGCGAAAUAUGUAAAUCUUUUUUUCCCCAAACACUGUGUUAUUGCUGUUCUGUUCUGAGAACUCAGCAGUAUCAAAUGUAGUAGAAAUCAGAAACUCAGUCAUAUUGUUAGAAUGCUUUUUCAGUGAUCACUUCUAGUACUUGCUUAAGACGGAUAUAUAGAAAGACAGAAAAGCUGUCAGUGAAAGUGAAACAGUGGAAAAUGUUACUAAACUUGUUUAUAGAUGCAAAAUAUACCUUUUUCAAAGUGUAUAUUAUUUUCAGCUGGAUACCGUUAAUUUCUAAAUCACCAUCAUGUCUGAAUGCAAUAAAAUUCUUUUCCCAACUUCAA